CGUGGUUCAACCAAGAUGGCACCCAUUGGAGAAAGAUCAGCAAAACUCAGGUCUGAUCUAGCUCCGCAAAAAGAAACGGAACAAGAAACGAAUUUAUGGAGUGAGAUACUGAGCGAUGUACAGACAAGUGACAGGACGAAGCUUCCAGCUGGAAAAAGCAUCGUUGUCAUCGGUGAUAACGAAGCCGGAAAGACGACACUGGUUGCAAAGUUGCAAGGAGUCGAGGAUCCCAAGCGGGGAGCGGGGCUAGAGUACCACUACGUAGAUGUACAAGACGAAUAUGGCGAAGAUCAGUCUCGGCUGGGCGUGUGGACGCUGGACGGCGACCCGCACCACACUAACCUGAUGAAGUACGUGCUGACGAGGCGCGGCUUCGCCGACACGGCCGUGCUGCUCAUCGCGUCCAUGGCAACGCCGUGGAGCAUCGUCGACUCGCUGCGCAGCUGGACGACGAUCCUGCAGGACGCCGUAGAUCGGCUGCGCGUCGCCCCCGACGACAUGCGCCAGCAUCAGGACCGCAUCGUGGAACAGUUCCAGCGAUACGUUGAGCCGGAGGAGAGCGCGGAGGAUGCGAUGACGACGUCGCGGCGGUCGGUCGGUCCGCUGUUGUCGCCGGACGAGGGAGACGUGACGCUGCCGCUGGGAGAGGGCGUGCUCGUGCACAACCUGGGUCUGCCGAUCAUCGUAGUCAUCACGAAGUGUGACUACGUAUCGAACCUGGAGAAGGAGUACGACUACAGGGACGAGCACCUCGACUUCAUUCAGCAACACAUCAGAAAGUUCUGUCUUUCAUUCGGUGCCUCGUUGUUUUACACUUCGAUAAAAGACGAUAAAAACUGUGACCUGCUGUACAAGUACAUCAUGCACCGGUUGUACAGACUACCUUUCAAUAUUCCGGCUCACGUCGUUGAAAAGGACUCCAUUUUCAUACCGUCUGGCUGGGACAACGAGAAAAAGAUCAGCAUUCUGUUUGACAACAUGAACAGCAUGAAACCAGAUGAUAGUUACACAUCAGUCAUCUCAAAGCCUUCCAUGAGAAGGCCGGUUAAUAGAGAGAUGGAAGUUGCAGCCGAGGAAGAACAGAUGUUCUUGAUGAAGCUACAGACACAACUCAACACACAGGCACCAGCCGGUGGCAGGCAGGAAUCUCCAGUUAGCGUGCAGAAGGACAGGCGGGUGUCCGGCUCUCCAGGCAUGCCCAGUGGAAGUCCCAAGAUAGAUGCUGGCAAGGUGCCAGCUGGCCCAGGAAGCGAAGGAGUGCUAGCCAACUUCUUUAACUCAUUACUAAGUAAGAAGACCGGAUCGCCAGGUUCUCCCGGAAGCACCCCCAAGACAGAAAAGGGAACGCGCAGUGACGUGGCGGCAGAGCUGGAUAGAAUGACGCGGGGUCAGAAGUCGCCGUCAAUCAACAACUUGCCGAGUCCAAGCCAAGAGAACGACCGACCCUAGACUCGACGCUAGUUCACCGUCUGUCCGUCAGUUGUCAGCACCGGUGGCACAGACGUGGCCUACUAACGCGGGGAGCGUGCGCGCGGGCGUGCGGAGGAAGCGACUGUAUCAGACGCCUCCGUUCGUCCAGGAAGUGCUGGAGGAUGCAGCCAUGCUGGCGCCAUCUGCCAACGCAAAGACGACCACGUUCGUAUAGAGCAGAUUGCAUGCAGCUCUCCUCGACCACAAUCAUAGGCCCGUGCAUCGCUCUGCAUCCUAAUUCUGCGUGGCCGCCUUCCUGCAAUGGUCUACAUAGGAAGCGUGUUUUUGAUUAUAAAAUGGUGUUAUUAUCGUAUAAAUAGUUAUUGGGCAAUCUGACGUGAACAAAGGUCUUCUAAUGGCCAACAAGGUUUUCUUCUGCCGCGUAUGUAUAAUAAUACGUAUCGCAUGUGAACGGUUUUCAACAGGAUUAUUCAAAUCACAUUCGAAGCUGGGGAAAGGUGAUCGAUAGCUUCCUACAUUUCUAUGGAACGUCAUUCCGUCACGAAAUCAUUGCAUUGAUCGGAAACACGAAAGCUGUUUUUUUAGGUCCGAGGGAAGCAAAUUUAUGGUUUUCUAAUAACUUUGAUACUGUCCACUAUGCCGUAUAUUUUUGUAAUGUAUCCGCGCGGGGAAACAUUGCUUCCGACUUGGUCCCAUAAAUGGCGCUGACGAACUAGCUUUGAUCGUUUUUUCGUGGCGUCACGAUUGUGCGUCUGUAGUAGCAGUGUGGCAUUACGUGGGAGAGCAAAACUAAAUUCUCUUUCCAACUUCAUUGAGCCUUAUCGGGCGAUCCUAUCCGAGCGCUUUCAGCCUCAAGUCACGACCAGGACGAAGAGGAAUAAAAGACAAACGUGCCUCAAUUUAAAAUUGUGAAAUUCGUUAAGUUUGCUCUGGAUCCGUUUCCCAAGGUCGACCCCCCUCUCUAUGGGAAACGGUUAAUCGUCCGCUGUUGAUUAGGUUUGACGUGCUCGUCAUUACGGAGGACCCUCUUUAGUCUUUACCUGUCGGAGUGUGUUGUCUAUUACCGUAAGUGUGACCGACGAUGGUCGAAUAACGACGCUGGUUGCUUUCAUUUCUCUGGUCUGACAUGCCUCAUUGAGAGGCGGCGGCUAGACUCCCCUCUAGCGCGCGAUUUUGUGGUGCUUAUAUUUUUUGCUUCAGUGUCUUACUAGUAAGGUUCCUUUUGUUUGCGAAUACCCUUUCGUUAGUGCUAGUACGUCGUGACGUGGGUAGAGGGCGCCUCUGAUCAGCGGCAGCCUUCCUCACGGGUGAAGCUUGGUAGGUAUCUGCAUUGUGAUUGUACAUGUAUGCAAUUAAUCAAUCAAGCUUACGCACGCGUUAUUUCGAUAGCUUUGAGGCCCGCAGACAAAUCACGUUGCCGGAUUUGCCAGAUAAAGGCGAAUCCGUCUGCAUGUAGAUGAAAAUUGUGUAUAUACAUUCCCAAUUAUUUUAAUUAUAUAUACUUUUUUUAAAGUGUAUUAUUACACGUAGGUAGUAUUUCCAAGUAUGAAAGUCUAUUGUACACAGAUGGUCCUCACUAUGCUAAUAAAAUCACAGUGGUAAUUAAUUAUUUAUAAUGUAGAUUUAGACGUGGAAUUCAUUUGAUACUUGCCAAUGUGGAUGCAUUAAUUAAAGUGCAUAGACGUACUAUUGCAGGUUAGCAUCAUUGCUGGGGCUCAUGGCAAUAGCUGUCCAGCAAUCCCCCGUCAUUCUCUGUGAGGAGCUGAUUUAUAUAUAUUUAUCAGGAGUGAAUAGUAAUAUCUAUUAUUAUACACUCCUGUAUAUAUGUUAACAACGACUCAUGCAAAACACCUGGCCCAGCGGCCUGGCUAUGCUGGGUAAGUGGCUAGCUGAUUCCUCAUGCAUGGCCAGCGAAUAUGGUAUGCAGUGUAUGCUGAAGCGCACUUGCCACUAAAUUUAGAUUAAGCAAGCCUGCAUCCACACCUCUGGUGCUUUGCAAUGUACUGGGCAGGCUACAUACAGAGCAUUAUAGAGGGUUGUUGGACUAUUAUGUUCCCGCAGGCCAAUGCAACUAUGCUAACCUAUAAAAGUACAAUCUAGCCACCUUAACAUCCAGCUGGUAUCUGAUAGCAAAGGAAUUGUAAAUAAAAAAAGGUCUUGAGGUCAGAGUAGGCCUGGUCUUGGUUGUAUAUGGCUACUUGGCACGGUUUUAAAGUAUGUGAUGAUUCUCUGAAGUUACUGCAUUCAGCUCUCUCUUCUUGUUGUUGUUAUAGAUAACCAUAUCGAAUGGCUAUUGAUUGUGGUUGCUUACUGUAGCUAAUACCUUCCAUUUCUGACUUUAGUGUAGUUGCUGUGAUAUCCAUUAAUUGAGGUGUAAAGUAAAAAUUACUGGAGCCAAUACCUACCUACAUCUUCUAUAACUUCCGUGUCAUUGAAGGUUAAUGAUUCCCUAUUGUUGCUGCUGCCGCCAUCUAUCUCUCUGCACGAGUGAAAGUGUUACUCCACGCCCUUCCAGAUAUACUGUUGUUUGUUGCUUCACCAGGAUUAUGUGUACUGUACCUGUACCCUGUAGUAAGUACGACAGCGAGUGCCUUCGAUACUCCAGCUUGGGUUCUAGGGGAGCAAUACAUUUUGUAUGUGUGGAGAAGAGAAAACCCCCGAGAGAGAGAGUGAGCAAAAUCUCACUCGACUUUGAUCGAGUGCCCUUGCAAAUGAAGAAAUCAUCUCACUGUUGUCGAGAGUUGCACUGUAAAGCGAUUAGGUUGUGAAGCGAUAAUAUGCCAAAUGUUAUGGCCGCCAAUCAUAUACGAAAUUAAAUGCUUUAAUGUGCCGCUGGUAAGCGCAACAACUUCAAUCAAACCUAGUGAGGGGAAACCCAUGUUAUACUCUGCUAAAUGUGUGUGCGCCAACAGUAGCACGUGAACACAUCACAGGGUAUUUAGGCAUAUAUAUAUAUAUAUAUAUACAUCGCACAGGGACAGAUCAUCCACAUAUAGAACUGAGCAGCGGGGGAUAUUUGGAUCAGCAGCCGUGGCGGCUGACGUGUAUGUAUGAUUGCGUGUGUCUGUUAAACCCUACUAAAUACAUGGCAACGGCAGCGUACAAUGCUUACCAAUGCCAACCUCAUUCUUCACAGUUGAUUGUAUAGUCAUCAUAUAUGCUUGAAUAAAUCUGUCUGAAUUUUGAGGAA